AGAUUCUAAUCGAUUAAACUUUAGUUUACUUGGUUUGUUUUAACGAAUCGGUUAAAUAAGUGAUUAAAAAUGGCUUUAAUCCCUGGAAAAUACAAGUUGGAAAACAACGAAAAUUUCGUUGCUUUUUUGACAUCUUUAGGUGUCCCAGCUGAUAACGCUCAAUACGCCGAUAAACUUCGUCCUCAUCUUACCGUAAACGUAUCUGGCGAUAAAAUUGAGUUAGUUAGCGAUUCCGGAGUUAAAAAUACAACCACUACUUUUAUCAUUGGACAAGAAUGCGAUGAUCCCCUUCCAACUGAACACAUUGCCAAAAGUACAGCAACUUUAAAUGGAAACACCAUCGAUGUUAAAACUAGCUGUGCUGAAGUUGGAUUGGACGGUUCCAGAACUUAUGAUUUCACCUCCGAUGGACUUACGAUCACUUACAAAGGAUCCGUUGUUGCUAAACGUAUUUACAAAAGAGUUUAAUUAAAAAAAAUGAUUUUUCGAGUAAUAAAAAUUUAAAAAAAA